AUGGCUUCUUCUUCUUCUUCAUCUUUUCCAUAUCUUGUUCUGGCAUGCCUGAACUUCACUCUCUUCAUCCUCUCCGCAGCUUCAUUAGCACCAACACUCAUCCUCAAAUCAUCACCAACUUCAAUGGGUUGGGCACUUGUCAUGGUUUCUUCAAUCUCUCUCCUCUCGUCUUUUAUAGGCUUCUUCUCUCACUUUUGCUUCAUGACUCAUGUCACCCUCCUCAUAGCUUCCAUGGCUGCUCAAAUGCUUGCAAUUUUAGCCCUAUUUACAAAGGAAAAAUCCAGUCUUUCGAUGCUGAAAUCACCAAGAGACCCGAGAGAAGCAAUGGUGUUGGUGAGGGUGGAGUGUGGGGUGUUGGUGGCGAUGUUUGUGUUGCAGGUGGGUGUUUUCUGUUUGAGCUGUGGUGUGCAUUGGUGUUGGGUGAGAAAGUAUGAAGGGAUGGAGGCGGCGAUGAGGAGGAGCAGGAGUAGAAGGGUGGCGGAGGAACCGGUGGUCAUUGGUGGUGUAGGGAUGAAAGGGAAAGAGUUGGAGAAGAUGAAAGUGGAUUUUGAAGCCUAA